AUGAAAGAAGAUAAUGUUUGGAAAAGCAAAAUUUAUAUUCGACCAGCAAUGGAAAAUGAAAUAAUGAAAAAAGCUAGAGAAACAAUAUCGAAAAGUAAUGAAUUUUAUCAAAGCACAUUUAUGAGAGAUGCUCUUCUUCCAAUAUUUUCCUCACAUAAUCAAAUUGCCAACGAUAUUGUGAUAACAUUAGAUGGCGCAAUCAAAGAAUGGACCGGAGAAUUGAAAAAUUUCGCUGCUGAACUUGGUUCUGAGUAUGCAAAUUUAGUGGAUGAAAUUGAGAAUAAUUAUGAAAUAAUUAAGGAAGCGAUUCUCGUUGCAUACGAUCAAGCUUAUCAGAAAAUGGAACAAUUUGUCAAAGCGACCUCAAAUAGUGAUUUUGCUCAUCGGUUAAAACAAUUAAUGGAUGAUAACAAUAAUAUACAGCGAGAAAUUAUGGAUGCUUUGAGACCGAUUUCAGAUCUAAUUAAUCAAUUAUUCAAGGAGUUGGAUGAUUUACAACGAAAUGCUGCCGCAAUUAUUGAUAGUUUGGAAGAUAUGCUAAAACUAAAGGAUCUGCGAAGAGCAUUGGAAGAAUAUAGGGAGAAUUUUGAACGAACUGAUAUCAUACAAACUGUACUUUAUGAAAUGCGAAAAUUAACUCAUCAAUAUCAAUUACCAAAAUUAGAACAAACAAUAGUUGAUAUUGAAAUGAAUCGUCGACGAUACGAGGGAGAAGCGAUUGAAAUUUACAAUAAAGUUUGUUAUUAA